GUACGGUUAGCGUUAAUUCAAUGCUGUAGUUGAACAUCACAUUUACAACCUCAACCCCUCCAAAUUUCACAAUCCAACGCACAAGAUGGCAUCUGGUUACGGUCUUAGCGGGGGUCCUUCCCGAUGCUUUCCAUUCUGGCAAGAAGUCUUAGCUUGUUACGUCGUCAACACCUCUACAGAGAGUGAUGCAGGAAAGAGGGUGUGCGCGCCGGUCUUAGAGGAUUACUAUGAGUGCCUACAUCACAAGAAGGAGCAUGCGAGAACAAUGGCCAUCCAAGCCGCAUAUCACAAAGCUGAACAAGCGAACCCCCGAGAUGAUGCACCGAAGGCCGGAGUAGUGAGAAAUUUGGGGUUGCUGGAUAAGGAAGAAGAUACCAAGAAAGUGCUGGGAAUGAAGUGAGAGCUACAGGCAGGACUUGGGGGAUGUUGUACAUUAGGAGCGAUCAUGAUCAAUGCCAGCAAUUGCAAAAGAAUUUUUGGUAUCAUUUAUUUGGACGACAAACGCGUUGGAAUGGCUACCGGCAUCGAUUUCUAAAGUUCGGCAAAGGAUUCAAAUUAGCACUUCCAGGUUUGUAAGUAACUCAUUUUCUGACGUCGUGCGUUCUUUAUGUGAAGACUCGAGAUAUCCUACUAAUUUGGAUUGGGGUUGUUUCA